AUGACGACCACCGACCCCGAGAAAGAUCCUCAUGAUGUCGCGGCGGCAUCGCCCGAAUCCCUGGACCGGAUGCCAUCUCAUCUCGUCAACGAAGAUCGCCUUCGACGCUCCCUCAGUGCCCGGCAGGUACAGAUGAUAGCCAUCGGAGGCACGAUCGGUACUGGACUCUUUCUCGGAACUGGUAAAGCUCUUGCAACUGGCGGACCAGCUUCGCUACUCAUCUGCUACUCGAUCGUCGGCUUCAUCGUCUUCUGCACCAUGCUAUCUCUUGGCGAAAUGGCUGCCUUUGUCCCUGUCGCCGGCUCCUUCUGCACAUUCGCCGGUCGCUACGUGGACGAUGCGUUUGGCUUUGCGCUGACUUGGAACUACUGGUUCAACGAUGCUGUCAGUACGGCGGCAGAUCUGGUCGCUUUGCAGCUGUUGAUCCAAUACUGGAGCGAUAGUGUUCCAUGGUAUGCUGUUGGCAUAGCCGUAUGGGUGCUUAUCGUGUUGGCGAAUAUCAUCAACGUCAAGGCUUACGGCGAGCUGGAGUAUUGGCUUAGUCUUCUAAAGGUGGUGACCAUCGUCAUCUUCGUUGUCCUGAGCAUCGCAGUCAAUGCUGGUGCCAACACCGACCAUGGAUAUAUUGGAGGCAAGUUCUGGACUGCUGGAGAUGCGCCAUUCGUGGGUGGUAUUGGAGGCUUCGCAUCCGUUUUCGUGACUGCAUCGUUCGCCUACGGUGGAACUGAGUCUAUCGCAAUCACGGCCGGAGAGACGCGCGAUCCAGCUCGCGUGCUUCCAAAGGUCGUGAAGAACGUCUUUUGGCGCAUCUUGCUCUUUUACAUCCUUACGGCUAUCAUGAUUGGAUUCAACAUACCGUACGAUUAUCCCGGUCUCUCGACGAAGUCAUCGCGCACAUCGCCGUUCACCAUCGCAUUCCAAAUGGCCGGAUCUAAAGCGGCUGGAUCAUUCGUCAACGCAGUAGUCCUCACCAGUGUCAUAUCUGCAGGCAACCACGCCCUCUACGCCGGCUCCCGCCUGCUCUACACACUCGGAGCGAAUGGACAUGCGCCUAAGGUCUUCACAAAGCUGACGCGAUACCAAGUUCCGUGGAUCGCCGUUUUGACGACGAGCUUGAUAUCCAUUAUACUUUUCUCCCUUUCUUUCGUCGGAUCGGGCCAGCUAUGGACAUGGCUGCAGAACAUCGUAGGUGUUUCGAACCAACUGAGUUGGAUAUGCAUCGGCAUCUCUUCGCUGCGUUUCCGCGCAGGUCUCAAAGCCCAAGGAAAGGAACACCUGCUACCCUUCCGAAACUGGAUGUACCCUUGGGGCCCUUACAUCUGCGUUUUCCUAAACAUCUUUAUUGUGCUAGUUCAGGGAUGGUCGUCAUUCAGCCCUAAGUUUGCCGCCGUGGAUUUCGUUAGCUUCUACCUGGAGCUACCUAUCUUCCUAUUGAUGAUUGUCGGCUGGAAACUUCUGAAGAAGACCAAGUUUAGGAAAGCGAGCGAAAUGGAUCUUGAGACCGAUGUCUAUACCAAAGAAGAUAUGGAGCCGGUUGAUAAGGGAUGGAAAGGAAGGAGCAAGAGAAUUGGCACCUGGUUUUGCUUUUGA